CGGUUACGUAGGUGUUCGAUCUCUUUCCCCUCACUUUCUUUCACAUUUUUCUUGGCAUUCUUUCUUCGUGUCUGAUUCUGCAGAGAAAUUUCUGCAGUGGAAGAACACAGAGAAGAGGAAGAGGAACAAAGUGCGUAAACCUUUACGUACGUGGACCCUGAUAAUGGACUACCAAGCCUCCUCUUCUACUCUCUCCAAUAAAGUCUCCAAUGCCCACAGCGUUGGCUUAAAAACUGUGUACGACGGCGCUUUCUCUGCUCCGACCUCACAGUUUGGGGCUACAAAUUUAUCGUCCCGGGUUCUAGACUACGGUGAGAUAUUCACUUGCUCCGAAGCCUCGCGAGGUUCUUCGAUUCCGUUUCUUGACGUUCCUGCGCCGAAUGACAGCAACGUUUCGGUGGAUGUUCCAAGUUCAAAACUCGAUUACUCAAAGGUUUUCGGUUCCUUUGGGGAAUCAGAUUUUUCCCUAUCAUUUGAGGAGCUUAUUUCUGAGCCAAAGACAAGAAAUGGUUUUUCUGAUAAAGAGCGGAAUCCAGCUGAAAGAGGAUCCCCUUUUGAAGGGGCAGAUCCUUCUGAUUGUCAAGAAAGAAAUCAGAUGUACUCACAUGAAGCAUCUUAUCAUUCAUUUGAUGCUGUGGAGAAGCUCAGCAAGUCACGCAUUAAAAUCAGACAUGGAGGCAAAAAUGGAAUAAAUAAGACAACCCAAGUGGCUCAGCUUCAUGGUGCUCCUGGUUAUACGUGCAUAAUCAAUGAAAUGACUACCUUGCAGAUGAAUGAAAGCCACAAGCCGGUACCUUCUGCAGUAAAUGAUGCUUAUCUGAAGAAUGAUUUAACCGAUGGGCUAAUAGAUAGUGUUCCUCCCACAAAAAUUGUGACAGAGCUUCCUGCUUAUGGUGCUAGCGAACAGAACUGUGAAGUUGGUGUUGCACUUCAAAAUAAAUAUGGUAUGUGUGGGUCCAAUUCAAUUGAUAUGCCAUUUGGUGCGUGUGAAUACGGCCAUGGACAUUUUUUGAAAGUUUCACCAUCUUCAAGCCCACUGUCCAAUUCAUGUGGUAGCAAGGGUGAUUCUGAGAAAUUGAUGGCUCCAAAGUUUGGGGCUUCUGGAAUUCUUUUUGAAGGUACUGGACAUGUCUCUUCGCCAACAUACUCUGAUGAGGACAUAGAUUCAAACUCAUUUUUCGUCGCCUCUGUGGUUGCUUUGAGGAAAGCAAUAAAGGAGGCACAAGACAAGAUGGCAUUUGCAAAAGAAUCAAUGGCAAGAAAGAAGGAAGGCCUUCAAAAUCAUGCCAAUUUGAGUUCUAAUUAUGGCCUCAAAACUGAGCUGAGAAGGGAGGGUAAAGCUACAGACAAGGCAAAGGGGUAUAAAGAGAAGAAGGAUUCAGAGAUGUAUGAGAUGGAGGAUGCUCCAGAGCAAGCUUUUGCAGGUACGGGGGAGCAAAAUAUGAUGAGAACGGGCCGCACAGUAGGCUUUGGGAUCAGGAAGUCACCUUUGGGAACUGAAGCAGCUUUAGAAGAACAAUUUUAUGAACCUGUUACCACAGGUAAACAUGAAGUAAUGCUAGAGUUUAAACAGACUGACAGCACAAAGAAAGAAGGCUUUCAGAAGCCAGAAGAAAGUAGUGAGAGAUCAAAUGCAGUUGAAGAGGCUCAUAAGCAGGAAAUUGAAAGGAAUGUAAGAACAGUUGAAGCUGCAGUCAAAACUGAAGAACACAAGGGCAUGAAGCCUCAGGAGUGGGUAGAAAAUGGAAAGCAAGGAAAAGAUGAUUGUGAGGAGGAAGACAUUCAGAAGGAACAAGAAUAUGCCCACUGGGAAAAAGACACUGAAAAGAGGCUAGACAAAGUUCAUGAGAAAUUAGUAAUUGAGACGAGAUUUAAUGACAUCCACAAUGAGAAAGAAAAUGGGAAGAGUCUUGAAGUGAAUGGUGAUUUGGAAGGAAAUAAGAAGCUGCAAGAGGCUGGAGAAAAUGAGAUGUUACAUAAAGGGGUUGUUUAUAGGAUUGAAGAUAAAGACAAAAGACUAAAGGGGACUUGCAAAUGGAUAGAAGCUGAGAAGAUACAAACAGACAUUGAUCAGACUGCAGUAGACGAGAAAAGAUUGAAAGUGGCCCAAGAAGCUCUUAGUUGCAAGGAAAACAAUCUUGACACUGCUGAUGAUCAAUAUAAGCAGGAUGAAAGUAAAGACCUAAAUGAAAAUCAAAAAGUGAGUAGACAUAUUGAAAAUGAUAGAAAUGUGGAUGUAACGUUUGAGGUACCUGCACAUGAUGAGAAUGGAAGUAAAAUUGAAGGAAAUAAGGAUUCCAUUAAACUGGAGGAGAAUGUAAAAAGGGCAGAAGGUGUUAAAGUUGAAAUUGAGGUAAGAAUGACCGAAGAAUCCCUUUAUGAUGAGGACAAGCAUGAGACAAUUGAUGAUGGAUUUAAGCAGGAUGGAAGUGAGAAGCUAAGCAAAAAUCAUGAAGCCAGCAGACAAAAAGACAAUGAUACGGAUGUGGAAGUAACUUCAGAGGCACCUGCACAUGAAGAAAAUGGAAGUACAAUGGAAGUAAAUACAUCUUCCUUUGAACACAAAGAGAAUGGGGAAGAUUUAGCAGCAGUUAAAGAGGAAAAUGACACGGAAGAUAAGGAGAUACUUGAAACAGUUGGUUUUACUCGAGAUGCCUGCAGACUAGCUGAGAUAAAGCAGCAAAUGGAAGAUGUGAUAGAUACAGUUGGUUUUGACUCAGAAAGGGUAAACUUUGUUAAAACUGACAUGAGUGGGCUACAGCAAAACUACCAACAUGAAGAAGAACACAAAAUAGCCUUCAAUCUGGCAGGGAACAUUGAAGAAUCGGCUCCUGAACUGGGGAAUAUGACUGUCAAGGAAGUUGAAUUUGCUAGAUGUCAGGAAGAAGAUGGGAAUUGUACCAUGUCUUCUCACAAGGAAAAAUGUAUUUAUGGGAACAAGGUGAAAGCAGAUCCCGAAGAAGAUGGAAAUAAUUCUACCUCUUCUCAUGAGGGGAGAUGGGUUGAUGAUGGGAACAAGAUGAAAGCAGUUCAGCUUCCCAGCAUGUUCCAAGGGGAAGGAAAUAGGCUGGAAACAGCUCAAGAGAUCAAAAUAGCCCAGAUCACAGAAAAAAAUGGGACUCAUCAAUCGACCCUGACAAUGGAAGAGAAGGAAAGCAAUACUACCGAGCAAAAGGAUGUGGAAACGGAAGAGGAACACUUUAAAAACAUAGAUGAAGCGCAAGAGAGAGAAAGAGAAAGAGAGAAGAUUGCUGUUGAAAGAGCCAUCCACGAGGCUCGUGAAAGGGCAUUUGCUGAGGUUAGAGAGAGGGCUGAAAGGGCUGCUGCUGAAGCUCGUCAAAAGGUGACAGCAGAGGCACGAGAAAAGUUAGCAAAGACUUCUGCGGUUAAUGAAAAGUCGCCAGCUGAGAAAGCUGCUAUCAAAGCCAGACUUAAAGCUGAACGUGCUGCUGUAGAGAGAGCAACUGUAGAGGCUCGAGUACGUGCCCUAGAAAGAGCAAUUUUCAAGAAGGCUGCCUUCAAGGCAAGACACCAGGCUGAAAAGUACGUUGAUGAGAAACUGUCUGGUGCAUCAAAAGAUAAUGGAAGGAGGCAGAGCUUUUCACCACAUGAUCCACAUCAUAAAGGCUCGAGUUCUACCAGCAAUACGAAAUACCCCAACUCUUCAAGUCAUGGUGAUGUGUCAUACUCUCCCCACUCCACUGAGAGAUUUGAUGGAACUAAUGAUGAAUCAGCUCAGAGGUGUAUAGCAAGGUCUGAGAUGCAUGAAAGAGUAGCGGAACGUGUGGCAAAAGCUCUUGCAGAGAAGAAUAUGCGGGAUGUUCUUGCACAGAAGGAGCAAGCAGAAAGAAAUAGAUUAGCAGUGUCACUUGAUGCUGAUGUCAAAAGGUGGUCAAGCGGGAAGGAAUGGAACCUGAGGGCACUGCUUUCGACACUACAAUAUAUCCUUGGGCCCGACAGUGGUUGGCAGCCAAUACCUCUUACAGAUAUCACUACAACUAGUGCUGUAAAGAAAGCUUACCGUAAAGCUACUCUUUUUGUUCAUCCUGACAAGUUGCAGCAGCGGGGUGCAAAUAUCGAGCAAAAGUACAUUUGUGAAAAGGUUUUUGAUCUUCUAAAGGAAGCUUGGAAUAGAUUCAAUGUGGAAGAAUGGUAGAUAGGGACUGGUGUAUUUUUUUGGCCACCUAAGCCAAGUAAUACAAUAAAUAAACAAAUAGUAUCCAUUUUUGCCCAUCCGGCCAAAUUAUGGACACAAGCUUUAAAGCUGGAACACCUUGAAAUAGCAUCAAAUGUGAAGUAGUUGAGAAAACAUUUGCUGUUCACAGAAUGCAGACAAGUCAGGACCGUUCAGGCAGCCAAAGCCAAAAAUGCAAGUGAAGGAUGCAACUGAAAACAUGCCAUGAACCAAAAGUCACUUUGAGAAGAGAGGAAGUGCAGGCCACAAACUAUCUCGUUCAGUAGCUAAAAGGUGAAAUUCAAGUUGUAAGAUGAAUAAUCUCUUUGAAACGAGUUUUGUUCAUCCAAGAGAGUAUAAAUGAAAACAGCAUGAGGCUUAUUUAUUAAGCCGAGAAAUUAACUAAUUAAUAAACCGAAAAGCAAUUUCUUUUAUUCAGGAACUAGCUGGCCUUCUUACAUACAUAUAUUAAACUUGUAAUUUACAUAUAUAGGAGUAUUCCUGCUAAUGUUUAUUGCCGAGUAUUAAACUUA